UAUCACCAGAUUUAAAAUACAAUCAUAUGAUUUAAGCGAUCAGAUGAUAAAUUUUUCUAACAGUCAUUGUUCAUUUGUGAAGUUGUCAACCGUUCAUACAGCAGUUUAUAAUGCUUUUGUACCUUAUUUUCUUCCUAUUUUUAAGUUUCCAAAGUUCUACUGGUGAUUGCGGAUAUGAAUCCUGUCCUGCUGGUGAACCCGAUAUGCUAAACGUUCACAUUAUUUGUCAUACUCAUAACGAUGUUGGAUGGUUAAAAACAGUUGAUCAAUAUUAUUAUGGAGCUAAGACGGAUAUACAGAGAGCAGGUGUGCAGUAUAUAUUGGACUCAGUAGUAGAUUCUUUGCUGAAGAAACCUGAGAGAAAGUUCAUUUAUGUAGAAACUGCAUUUUUUUGGCGUUGGUGGAAAGAACAAGACGACCAUGUUCAUGAUUUAAUGCGAAAAUUGAUUAUGAGUGGUCAACUAGAAUUUAUUAGUGGUGGAUGGUGCAUGAAUGAUGAAGGAGCAGCACAUUAUAAUGCCAUCAUUGAUCAGAUGACAUUUGGUUUCAAAAGACUUAAAGAAACAUUUGGAAAUUGUGGAAUACCGCAUAUUGGAUGGCAGAUUGAUCCAUUUGGUCACUCAGCUGAACAAGCAUCGUUAUUUGCUCAAAUGGGUUUUGAUGGAUAUUUUCUAGGACGAAUUGAUUUUCAAGAUAAAAUGAGGAGAGAGAGCAUGAAACAAAUGGAAUUUAUAUGGAAAGCUAGUCAAAAUAUAGGUAAAGAAGGUACAAUUUUUACAAGUAUCCUCCCAAAUACUUACAGCCCACCGGCAGGUUUCUGUUUCGACCUAUUAUGUGAUGAUCAACCCAUUAUGGACGAUCCUAGAAUGGAAGGCUACAAUGUUAAUGAAAGAGUGGAAGAAUUUAUUAAAAUUAUAAUGAAUGAAGCUAAAAAUUAUCGUACAAAUCAUAUUAUCAUGACUAUGGGCAAUGAUUUUAAUUAUCAAUAUGCAGAAUCUUGGUUUAAGAAUUUGGAUAAACUUAUGUAUUAUGUUAAUCAGCAACAAAAACAUGGAAGAAAAAUAAAUGUUUUCUAUUCAACUCCAUCUUGUUAUUUAAAAGCUGUACAGAAGAAAAAUGAGACAUGGAAAAUCAAAACUGAUGACUUUUUUCCUUACGCAAGUGAUCCUCACGCUUUCUGGACUGGAUAUUUUACUAGUAGACCUUCAGUUAAAGGAUACNAACUUAAUUUAAACUAUAAAAUACUUUCACUCUCGUCUUGCAGAUUUAUGUUUAAUCUUUACAAUAUUACUGUUGGAAAACAAUUGCUUGCAAAUGCUGGAUUAACUCAGGAAGAGCAUUUAGAAUUAACUAAAUUAAGAGAGGCUUUGGGUGUUGCACAGCAUCAUGAUGCUAUCAGUGGGACUGCUAAACAAGCUGUUACUGACGAUUAUGUGAAGCGAGUUUCACAGGGGAUAGACAGUUGUCAGAGCGUUAUUAAUAAAGCCUACAAGAAAAUAAUGCCUAUUAGUAGCGCACCUGCACCUGAUCAAAUUUUCUGUAAUUAUCUGAAUAUAAGUGAAUGUGCUGUAACUGAAAACAGCAAUUUGAUUGCUGUAACUAUAUAUAACCCAAUUGCUAAGAAUAUAAGUAAUUAUGUACGUCUUCCUGUAAAAUUAAGCGGUUAUCAAGUUACGGACUUUCAAGAUCAUUCUGUUGAUUCGCAGCUGAUUCCCAUAUCAAAAAAUGUCAUCAAUAUUCCAGGAAGGAAAAGUAAUGCUACUCACGAGUUGGUGUUUAAAGUAAAUCUACCUCCUCUUGGCUAUUCGACAUAUUUUGUUAAUAAAACAAACAAUGCUACAUUAUUAAGAAGACAACUUUCUAGAAAGUAUUACUCGCAUCGAGAUAAGAUUGUACUGAAGAAUAAUCAUUUCGCAUUAUAUUUUUCUAAAGAAGGUGGUUUAAAAUAUGCAAUUACUAAAGAAGGCAUUCAUUUACCUAUAAAUCAGUCAUAUUAUUGGUAUCGUGCUAUGAAUGGAAAUAAUUCUAAAAUUAAUUUCCGUGCUUCAGGAGCUUAUAUUUUUAGACCCAAUGGAACUGAACCAUAUAUUUUUAAUGAAACUUCAUCUGCUUAUGCAUAUUUGGGACCCAUAGUUAAAGAAAUUCAUCAGACUUUUAGUUCGUGGAUAACUCAAGUAAUUCGAAUCUACAAAGAUGAAGAAUAUGCUGAAUUUGAUUGGGUUAUUGGCCCAAUUCCUGUUAAGCAAGUAGCUUUUAAUUAUCUCAAAGACAAAAGUAAAAAUAUCCAGUUGACAAUUUUGAACGAUCGUUCUCAAGGAGGAAGUAGUUUAAAGAGUGGUUCCAUUGAAUUAAUGAUUCAUCGACGUUUGUUACAUGAUGAUGCGUUUGGAGUCGGAGAGGCAUUGAACGAAUUAGGUGUUGAUGGACGUGGUUUAGUUGUAAAAGGAAGACACUAUUUAAUUCUUUCUGAUAUCAAUUCUGCUGCCUCCAAACAUAGGAUAUUAGCAGAAAAAUUGUUUAUGGCUCCUUUGUUAUCAUUUGCAACAAUUAAAUCUCAGUCAGUUGCAAAAUACAUGUCUAAUUUCCAUACACAGGCUUCUUUUCUAUCCAAACCUCUGCCUCCGAAUGUACAUUUAUUAACUUUAGAGCCAUGGAAUGGUAAAAUUUUACUCAGAUUAGAACACAUGUUUGAAAGCUUUGAAGACCCUAACGAUUUGUCAAAACCUGUAAAUGUUUCAUUGAUUAAUCUGUUCAAGAAUUUUAAUUUGAUUUCUAUGCAAGAAAUGACACUUGGUGCUAAUAAAUAUAAAAAUAAUUCAAGUUCAAUGCAUUGGAAUAUACUAGAUGCAUUUAAAAACCAUCCUGAGAAAGAAGGAUAUAAAUGGAAAAACGAUUGUAAAGCAUUUAAUAUUGUCCUCAAUCCGAUGCAGAUACGUACAUUUGAAUUAACAAUUUCAAGAUAAUUUGGCAUCUCAACAAUCUUUCAUUUAACUUUUAUUAAUUGUUUAUAAAUAAAUAGCUUUUAAUUAAAAUAUAAUGCUUUUUCCAAUUAUAAAUUGUUAUAAUCAUUAUUGAAAAAUUGUAACUGAAAUUUAAAAUUAUAAGCUAUAUUUUUGUAAAUGAUUAUAGUAGUUAUUCAACCUGUCGAUUACGAUCUACUGAAUAUAUACAAAUUGUUUCCUGAACAAUGACAAGCUUUUCUAUGAAUUAAAGGGUCAUAAAUUAAAGAAACAGUUGAGAAACAUUGUCGUAAACAAUAUUUUUAAGUUUUUAUAAUUCUAAUUCAACUAUAAAUGAUAAAUUGUUCAAGUUAGUAAACCUCUUGUGAUAAAAAGCAAUUUUCUGUCAGAUUUUUUACAAAAGUUUUUUUCAUAGUUUGUAUAAUUUAACCUAAAUGCUUUCAGAUUGUAAUAUUUAGUAAAUUU